UCACCAUCAGGCAUCAGCAUCAAUACAUACAUACAUACCUGCACGUGUUUUUAGGGGUUUAGUUUGGAAGAAUUUAAUUUCUCUCCUCUCUUAAGCCACCUCUAAUUCAUAUUGUUGCUCAUGGCAAUCAGUCACAACACUUUGGCUUUUGCCUUUGGCAUGAUGGGCAACGUCAUUUCGUUCUUGGUAUUCUUGGCUCCAAUAUCAACAUUUUACCGAGUAUACAAGAAGAAAUCGACAGAGGGUUUUCAAUCACUACCUUACCUAGUGGCUCUAUUCAGCUCCAUGCUUUGGUUGUACUAUGCUUAUCUCAAAAAAGACGCUUUUCUCCUCAUUACCAUCAACUCAUUUGGAUGCGUUGUAGAGACCAUCUACAUCAUAUUGUACAUCAUUUACGCGCCAAGGGAUGCAAGGAACUUAACUUUCAAGUUACUUUCGGCAAUGAAUGUGGGAUCCUUUGCUUUGAUCCUCUUAGUCACAAACUAUGCCGUGCAUGAUUCACUACUCCGUGUCCAAGUUCUUGGAUGGAUUUGUGUUUCCCUUUCAGUUAGUGUCUUUGCGGCACCACUAAGCAUUGUGGCACAAGUUGUUCGUACAAAGAGUGUUGAGUUUAUGCCUUUCAAUUUGUCAUUCACUCUCACAUUGAGUGCUACAAUGUGGUUUGGAUAUGGUCUCUUCCUCAAGGACAUAUGCAUUGCUCUCCCAAAUGUGUUGGGUUUUGGACUGGGAUUACUUCAGAUGGUGGUGUAUGCAAUUUAUAGGAAUCGCGGUGAAAAAGAUAUUAAAAAGGAAAAGAAGGCACCAAUUGAGGCACUCAAAAGUAUUGUCAUAGAGACCCAAUUGGCAGACAAAAAUGAACAAGAAAAGAAGAGCAAAAAUGAUGAUGAUGAUGAAAGUGAGGAACCUAUAAUUGUUCGUGGAGUUUAAUCUAAUUAUUAUUAAUUAUGUUAUAAUUGUUUCGUGAGCACUAUACUAUACUAUGGCCACGAUAUCUAUCUAUCUAUCUAUCUACUAAGUACUUUAAUUUCUAGCUAGCUUCCAUUUCAUUUAGUUGUUGUACGUAGCUAUACAUGCAUGCAUGUGCUAGUUUAUUUAGUAUGUCUUUAAAUUUUCUCCAUCCAAUAUUGCAUUGUAAAUCUUCCCAUCCAUGUAUGAAUUAAAUGAUGCUUUCUCCCUUUUCUUUUCAA